GUUCCACUUUUUCCUCACCAAACUUCCUCUCACUGUUAUAUUAGCAGCAAUCUCUCUUGCUCUGUUUUCCUUCUUUAAAGUUAAAAGAUUAUUUGCACAGAAGAUUUCUAACGCUCAAGUUUUCCCUUUUGUCUCUCACUGAAAACAACUUUUAAUCCCUGUCUAUAGUUUUUUUGGUUGAAAUCCUUCACGCCUAACAAUCCAAAACCUGUCUCUUAUAUUGUUUUGUGUUUGGGUUAAUGAGACAUAAUCAACCAUUGUUUCUUGUUUUUGUGUUGUUUGUUUUUCUUUUAUUUGUUUGCUCUGUUUCUCUUUUCUCUUUGGUUGUUUUCGUUUAGGAUUCCAAAUAUAGAGAACAGAAAAGGGUGGCAACCUAUUUUUGUGGAUUAUAAAUGGAGAAGGCCUGAAAAUAGCUCCUCCUCAAGUUUUUGUUGGGUUGUAAUCUUUGUCCUUUUUGGGAUUUUCCCAGUUUGUAGAAAAAGAUAGAUCCCGUUUGUGACCAAAACAACAUUCGUGAGGUUGGAUUGUGUUGAAUCUCCCUACCUUCCCCUUCCCCUCCUCCUCCUCACCCUGGCUCUUUUUCUUCGUAAUGGCUUGUUCUUCGUUGCUUCGAAUGUAUUUAAUGAAUAUUAGAAAUUAAAUUAAGAAGACAAGAAAAGGGUGCUAAUUCGGAUCAAAGAAUCAGAAAACAAGUAUGGCAUCUUCGCAAGUGGAAAUCGCUUCGUCUUCGCCGUUCGGCUGUGUUUUGAGGGAUCAUAAUCGUAGAGACGGGUGUAGAGAGAGCAAUUUCUUUCAGAAAAGAUUCAAGAACUUGGUCAGAGAUCAUCUCCACACUUGCAUUUCAAUUCAAGCCGAUGAGAAUUCUCUUCUUCCUAAGAAAGAAGAGAAAAUCAAUCAGAACCAGAAUAAAAAUGAAAAUUCUAAUGAGAGAGACGAAUUUUCAUAUAGUCAAUGUCCACGGCGUUCACUGUCUGCAAAAAGAACAACAACGACAACGACAACAGCAGCCUCCAUUAAAAGAAAGUCCCAAGAGGCUGAGCUCUCGUCGGCAUUGUCGACUUCAAAUACGCCGAGAGCUCUGCCUCGAUCAGAUAGUCUAGCCGGAAUUCAAAAUCUCGGAGCCUCUUCUCUCGUUCAGAUUUGGGAAAAAAGAUUAAACCACUCCAUUAGCGAGAAUCAAAGCUCAUCUUCUACCACAAGCCGGUCAGAUUCUGGAUCGAGCUGUAACGAGAAUGCAGCUCCGGUAGAAGAAGAGGUAGAAGAAGCACCAAGAGGCUAUGAAGCAGGGAACUCUGUUUUCGAUACCGGGCAGGCGAAUGAGGACUCAUUGGUCGAUUGGCAUUGUAAUGAUAAAACUGGUUGGAGCGGUCAGUAUUCUCCUGCGCGUAGCCAGAACUCGGACCCAGGGGAAAGCGAGAGAGUCAGAGUAGCCGAUAUCAUCAAGAGAUUGACGGCUGCAAAUCUAGGACAGACUACUACUUUAUCAUCCUCUUCCGUUUGCGGCUGUGGCGAUAAUGAACGUGGGCAGUUGAGCUCGCCAACAAGAGAAGGGGAGCGCACCAUGGUGUGUGAACAUAUCUUGGAGCACCGCGUAUUCUCGCCGAGGAUCAGAGGGCGGCAGGCGUUCACCGAUUUGCUUAUGCAGAUGGAAAGGGAAAGGCAUGGUGAGCUCAAUAGGUUGGCAGAGCGCGCCGCAGUUUCUAGAUUUCCACAGAGAGGUCGAAUUCAGUCAAUGAUUCGGCUUAGGUUGCUAAAACGUGGUGUGGCAGUUCAAGAUCAGCAGCGGUUGCAAUUAACAGCACCUCAAGUUGAGAGACUGCCGCAAGGAUCUUCCAUCUUGCAUCUUAGGGAGAGAUUUAGCUAUGGUGCAGAUCGAAGCACAACACUUCAGAGUGAAGCAGCUAAUCCUAGAAGUCCUCAAAGUGAAUUAAGUAAGCAAAAUUCACAACUGGAUAAUUCUUCUAUCCCUAAUAAACCGGAAGAGCAUUCACAGGCUCACGAAGUUCAUUUUGUUGAGCAAGAGAAUCCAACUCCGGUACAAGAUUCUUCUGCGAAUAGCAUUGUAGAUCUUCGAGAAGAAACAUGCUCAGAGAAUAGAAACCUUGAGUCACAAGAAACUGCAGAUGUAAGCACCUGUUUCGAUGGCUGCUGGGAUAUAAAUGAUGUUGCAGAAGAACUAGAAGAAAAUUAUUUACAGUAUGCAGACACCAGCUACGACUGGAUUACAGAUAUUUCUCGGCCUCGGAGCUAUUGGGAAGACCGCAGGCAAGCAUGGUACCAAGAGAUGCUGAAUUCUAACUCGGAAAAAGUUGAGAUUCGUCAACUACUUGAAAGAGGAACAGUAUCAAGCUUUCUUGCAAGUGACUUUCGAGAGAAAAUGGAUAAAUUAAUGGAAAGUCGCUUGGGACGACAAACACACCCUGUUGUUAGUCAAGGAGGAGAAGAAAAAGAUGGCGAACAUCAUAGCCAAUUGAUGUCGUUUAUACAAGACUGUCAACUACAACAACAGGAGGAGGAAGAAUCGGACGAGGAAGAAGAGAUUAUUGAAGGGCUCGAAGUAGAGGAAGAAGCCGAAAGAGAACAAGAGGAGAGCCUCAUCAGUGGUCAAUAUCAUGAAGCCAGUGAUUAUUUUAAUCAAUCAACGUCAUCGCAGAAAAUACCUUGCCCACCAUCUCUGUUAAGGUCAUGGAGUUUUCACGAUAAUGAAGUUGGUGAUGAUUCCGAUCGAGCCUUUUCGACAUCUCCACGUCAAGAUUUCCCAUCUGAGUCUUACUAUCACAACUCAAGGCAUUGCUCUUCCUCUAGAAACCAUUCUUCAAUGGAAAUGGAACUUAUUUUCGAACUAAGAGGACAAAUGGAGCAACUUAGUCAAGAGAUGUCUGAGCUAAGAAAUUCAUUAAAGAGCUGCAUGGACAUGCAGAUGAUGUUAAUGCAACAAUCAGGGAAGCAAGAAACUCAAGCAGCAGAUGGAGUACCAAAGAAAGGCAACUGCCGUAUCUGCGACGUAAUGAAAGUUGACUCGCUUUUGUACAGGUGUGGGCAUAUGUGCACGUGCUUCAAGUGUGCGCACGAGUUGCAAUGGAGUAGUGCGAAUUGUCCAAUAUGUGGCGCUCCAAUUGUUGAUGUCGUACGGGCAUAUUGGGAUUCAUAGACUAACUGCCGAACGAGUUCUUGCUCUAGAGGACCGUCUCUUCAUUCCUUAACGAAACAAAAUAAUAAUAAUAAUGACAUGCAUUUGAAGAUAAAUUUAAUCAGUUCAUUUUUUUUAUAAAGAAUAAAAAAUAUUUAUAAAAAAAAAACAUUAUUACUACUUGUAUAUGUCAUUGAAUUUACGGCAAGACAUGGGUUGCUCUUUCUCACACAUAUGUUCUCUAUAUGUAUUUUGAGGACAAUCAUUACACUUUAACAUUUGAUUAAGUUUCUUCUUGUAUUAUUAUUAUUGUUAUUAUUUUCUUUUUCCUGAAACAUGAAUUCUCUGGUUCUGUAUAUGUAAUAUUCCCAUGAAUCAUAUUUAUGCAGGAAAAUGACACUAACUUGUAUCC